AUGCCGCCCUGGAUUCUCCUCUCCUCCCUCCUCUUCACCGCCGCGCUCAGCACCAAUGCACCCCCGCACACCCAACACCACCCAUACACCAACCCCAUCCUGCCCGGCUGGCACUCCGAUCCAAGCUGCCUGUUCUCCCCCUCCCACAACAACACCUUUUUCUGCACGACCUCCUCCUUCCUGACCUUCCCAGGCUGUCCGAUCUACGCCAGCCAGGACCUCCAGCACUGGACGCAGGCCAGCGCCGCCGUCCACCGCGCCAGCCAGCUCCCCGCCCUGCGCGACGACACCAACCAACAGACCCUCGGCCUCUUCGCCUCGACCCUACGCCUGCACAAUGACACCUUCUACCUCCUGACCAGCUGGCUCGACUUCGACUCGCCCAGCACCCCGCAGUUCCUCCUCUUCACCACGACCGACCCCUACAACCGCACCGCCUGGUCGGACCCCCUGCCCAUCGCGAACCCGACGGGCGCCAUCGACCCGGAUUUCUUCAUCGACGCCGACGGCACGACGGUCAUGGCCUACUCCGGCUCGCCCAUCCGCGCCUCGAUCGUCGAUCUCGCCACCGGCGCCGCAAGCCCCCCGUUUCCCUUGUGGAACGGCACCGGGGCCAGCAGUCCCGAGGGGCCCCAUCUGUACUGGAAGGACGGGUGGUACUACCUGUUGAUCGCGGAGGGGGGCACGCAGCUCCACCACGCGGCCACGCUCGCUCGGUCCCGCGACUUGGCGGGUGGCAGCGGCAGCUGGGAGGCGAGUCCCCGCAACCCCCUCGUGAGUAACGCGCACACGGACGCGUAUUUCCAGACGGUCGGGCAUGCGGACUUGUUUGUGGACGCGCACAGGAACUGGUGGGGGGUGGCGUUGGCGACGCGCGGCGGGCCGCGCUUGUACAAUGCCAGUGUGUAUCCCAUGGGCCGCGAGACGGUGCUGUUUCCGGUCCGGUGGGAGGAGGGCGGGUGGCCCGUCGCUGGGGGGAGGGUGGCCGGACGCAUGGAGGGGCCGUUGCCGUCGGUGAGUUGUGGGGGGCUGGGGCAGGCCCUGGGGUUUGUGGGUGAUGCCCGUGAGGUGGUGGAGUUCAAGCCGGGAAGUACCUUGCCGGCGGAGUGGGUGUUCUGGCGCGCGCCGGUCCGGCCGUGGGAUUAUGUGGUUAGUCCGCCUGAGAGACCGAAUGUGUUGCGGUUGACGGCCAGUCGGGCCAACUUGACGGGCGACGAGGGGUUUCAGGCUACGGAUGGAUUGACGUUUGUGGCGCGGAGGCAGACGCAUUCGUUGUUCCGGUUCGAGGUGGAUGUCAUGCUGGGUUUCGCUACCGGGUCCGAGCAGGAGGAUGAGGUCGGCGUCACCGCGUUCUUGAAUCAGGGGCAGCAUGUUGACUUUGGGGUGUUUUAUGGGGUGGAAGCAGGAGCUGCAGCGAAGGGAAAUGCAACCGGGUUGUAUCUGCGCUUGCGGACGACGGUGUCGGGGAAGACGGGAUUUGAGGGCUGUGCACCUGAGACGGUGGUGGUGAAGGUUCCGGACAGCUGGGAUAUGGGAGAUUCGGUGAGGCUUGCCAUUCACACGGUGAAUACUACGCAUUUUGCGUUCAGUGCGGCACAGAAGGGGAAAUCGAAUGAGGGAUUGGUGCUGGGGGUGGUGAAUACUACAGUCAUCAGUGGGGAUGGGGCGGGAACUGGGGCCUUACUCGGGGUUUAUGCGACGACCAAUGGCGGACUGCAUGCGAUGGAGGCGUAUAUCAGUCGAUGGGGGUAUUUCGGAGAGGCACAAGAGAUUGACUAUGAGGAAUUCAUUCCUGCAGGAGAUGAAGGGUGCUAG